AUGGGCCAUGAAGAUGAGAAAAUUCUCAGUUCUUCUUUGACAUUAGUAGAGUCGCAAGCACUUGCCGUGAUGGACAAUUUUGUAUCGCAUAAUAUGGCAGGGGUGCCGAAAGAAAUGGCAGAAAGGUACGCUGAUUAUCCCGUAUCUCACGACCAGCAUUUCUAUUACACAUAUGAACCAGCACAAUCACACGGGUAUUCUUCACCUUCAAAACAUCAUUAUGGAGGGGGAGGACACAAAAGUAACGCUGCCAUGUCCGCUCUGACGCUGUUAGCAUUUUUAUUCUUCUUGCACAUACUCCAACAGUGCAUCAAAGAUCACAUGACGGCAAUGGGUACCUCCCCCGUCGUCAUAAUGUCCGCAGGAAAAGAGGGAAACGAAAAUAUUGGGAAAACGCGAGUGAAAUUGGAUAAAACCGGUGUCACGAAGGGUGAAUUAGAUGCCGACGCAAAAGACAAUGCUAUCCAUACUGAAGAUGCUUUUGACGAAGAUAAACAUUUGCUGAAAAUACCGACGUCUGAACCCGGAUUCAAUAAGUUCAAAAAUAUUUACAAACGCAGCAGUUAUACGUCAACGACGGAACAUGAUAAGAAAUAA